AAGACCAAGAAACAAAGUUCUCUUCUCCCAGUAAAAUCAUUUCAUAAAACCCAGUUAUAAAUAAAAUUUAGGGUUCACUGAUAUCCAGCUUGUCUCUUCCCCCCCACUGAGAAAUGCAGAUCUAGUCCUGAAUGACCCAGUUCCUCCUUUCUCCCGCAAAGAAAUCUAACUCUUCUGCCUCUGAGAAAUCCAGUUUUACAGCUGAACAACCUAUUGUUCAUAUGGAUAGUUGGGUUAUUCCAUACCAUCUUUGUCAACGUAAGAGACCCAGUUCUGAGUAGUGGAAUUUUAGUCUGCAUCCGCAAUCUGUUCACAAGGAUUGUUUAUGGGGAAAACAAGCCACUUGUGUGUUGGUAAUUUGAGUUUGCUCAUACUUUUGUGUGCCACAGUACAAAAUAAAAAAAAAAAAAUCAUUUUACAUUGUGACUGAUCCUUUCAGUAUAAAUUGUUUUAUUUUUUUUGUCAGUCAAAAGCCUGUCUCCGUCAACUCCCUUUACAUUAAGUCAGUAGUCUUAUAUCAGGACCUCUCUAACAGAGAUCAUGAGACCAUGAAUUAAAAUUUUAUAUAGCAAGAAGAAAUACAGAUUUUGCAAGAAACAUUAACUUAGCACAUACUCUUAAAAUGUUAGAUAAAGUUUGAAUCAACCAAAGAUGAAUUUACAGCAUCUAAACUCCCCAUUAAUAAACAAUACACAUGCUUAUUUAUGCAUUAAUGUGUCUAGACUUACCAUAGCCCUUACAUAAUACAAAAAAACAAUGUAAAAAAUGAAAACACACAUAUUCAAAAAUGUAAUCAACAACACUCCUAAAGCAAUAGUUCAAAACCGAUACCACAACCUAUAAAAAAUACAUAACUUGUAAUUUAACACUUAACACUAAUUAAUCCAAAUUAAUUAGAUUUUAUGUAUGCAAGUCUGCUUCAAAACUAAAAAUCACAUUUGUCAGCACAUUAGUUAAAACAGGCUGUUAAUGAUGAAACAGUGCCACAAUCGUUUGUUAACGAGAAUGCCCAGGUGAUGCAAAUCUGUGUUACUGCUUAUCUUUAAAAUGCCUGGUUAGAAUAGUAAACGGAAUAGUUGAUUUUGUGGGCAAAAUGGGUUCUUAUAGACUUAUUAUUUUGUUGUAUUUGUAUUAUUUGUGGAAUGAAGUGCUCUGUUCUCCAGCUGAACGUGCCACUUGGAGAAAUGUUUGGCCACUAUUGCAAAAACACCAAGGACAGAUUGCACCUGAUGAUUCUCACUUCCCUGAGAAGGCUGAUUCAAGUGUUCAUGUGAAGUCAAGUUCUUCUGUUAUCAGACCCAAUGCUUCUACUGAACACUCUAAGAUAGAGACCUCAAGUUCUUCUCUCCCAGUAAAAUCUAUUGUCUUUUCAAAAAAUGGUUCUAGGCAUGAGAAGGCUGGGGUUCUGAUGAGACCCAUUUAUUCACUUUCAUUUAAAAAAUCCACCUCUGAUCCUGAAAAAACAGUGAAAUCAAGUGUUUUCUUAAAAAAACCAAGAACUCCCAUGGAACUCCAUGCCACACCAUCUGAAAAGUCUAGCUCUCUUUUGUCUGAGAAGCUUGGAUCUAAAUCUGAACAAGCUAGUACUUCUAUGGAACAAAGUUUCUCCCUCCCCCCUGAGAAACCCAGUUCUUCUUUCAACAAUGAGAAUGUGUCCGGCUUUCUUUCCUUUGAAAAAUCUGGCUCUAAACCUACAAAACUGAGUGUUCCUGUGCAAUUAGGUUCUUCUCAAGUUGAGAAGUCUAGCUCUAAACCUAAGAGACCCGAUGCUCCUACUGAACAACAAUCUAAGCUGGACACCCCAAGUUCCUUUCUCCCAUUGAAAUCAAGUAUUCUCUUUUCAAAGAACCAUUCUAAGACCAAGAAACCUAGUUCCUCCCUCCCUACAGAGAAACCCAGAUCUAAUUCUGAACAACUCUUUUUCUUCUCUAACCCUAAGAGAUUCAAUGCUUCUGUUGAUCACAGAUCUAAACUAAAGACCCAACGUUUCCCUCUCCCAUUGAAAUCAAGUAUUCUCUUUUCAGAGAACCGUUAUAAGACCAAGAAACCCAGUUACUCCGUACCUAUUGACAAACCCAGAUCUAAUCAUGAACAACCAAGCUUCUCCAUCCCCAUUGAGAAGUCUGGCUCUCUUUCCUCUGAAAAACCUGCAAAACCAAGUGUUCCUGUGCAAUUAAGUGCUUCUCUUAAGAAAUCUGGCUCUAAACCUGAGAGACCCAAUUCUCCUACUGAACAACAAUCUAAACUGGACACCCCAAGUUCCUUUCUCCCAUUGAAAUCAAGUAUUCUCUUUUCAGAGAACCAUUCUAAGAACAAGAAACCUAGUUCCUCAGUCCCUACUGAGACCCCCAGAUCUAAUCCUCAACCAAGUUUCUCCAUCCCUACUGAGAAACCCAGAUCCUCCAUCCCUACUGAAAAACCCAGAUCUCAUCCUGAACAACCCAAAUCCUCCAUCCCCACUGAGAAACCCAGAUCUCAUCCUGAACAACCCAGUUUCUCCAUCCCUACUGAGAAACCCAGAUCUCAUCCUGAACAACCCAGUUUCUCCAUCCCUACUGAGAAACCCAGAUCUCAUCCUGAACAACCCAGUUUCUUCAUCCCUCCUGAGAAACCCAGAUCUCAUCCUGAACAACCCAGUUUCUCCAUCCCUACUGAGAAACCCAGAUCCUCCAUCCCCACCGAAAAACCCAGAUCUCAUCCUGAACAACCCAGUUUCUCCAUCCCUACUGAGAAACCCAGAUCCUCCAUCCCCACUGAGAAACCCAGAUCUCAUCCUGAACAACCCAGUUUCUCCAUCCCCACUGAGAAACCUAGUUUCUCCAUCCCUACUGAGAAACCCAGAUCUCAUCCUGAACAACCCAAAUUCUCCAUCCCCACUGAGAAACCCAGAUCUCAUCCUGAACAACCCAGUUUCUCCAUCCCUACUGAGAAACCCAGAUCCUCCAUCCCUACUGAGAAACCCAGAUCUCAUCCUGAACAACCCAGUUUCUUCAUCCCUACUGAGAAACCCAGAUCCUCCAUCCCUACUGAGAAACCCAGAUCUCAUCCUGAACAACCCAGUUUCUCCAUCCCUACUGAGAAACCCAGAUCCUCCAUCCCCACCGAAAAACCCAGAUCUCAUCCUGAACAACCCAGUUUCUCCAUCCCUACUGAGAAACCCAGAUCCUCCAUCCCCACUGAGAAACCCAGAUCUCAUCCUGAACAACCCAGUUUCUCCAUCUCUACUGAGAAAACCAGAUCCUCCAUCCCCACUGAGAAACCCAGAUCUCAUCCUGAACAACCCAGUUUCUCCAUCCCUACUGAGAAACCCAGAUCCUCCAUCCCCACUGAGAAACCCAGAUCUCAUCCUGAACAACCCAGUUUCUCCAUCCCUACUGAGAAACCCAGAUCUCAUCCUGAACAACCCAGUUUCUCCAUCCCCACUGAGAAACCUAGUUUCUCCAUCCCCACUGACAAACCUAGUUUCUCCAUCCCUACUGAGAAACCUAGAUCUCAUCCUGAACAACCCAGUUUCUCCAUCCCUACUGAGAAACCCAGAUCCUCCAUCCCUACUGAGAAACCCAGAUCCUCCAUCCCUACUGAGAAACCCAGAUCCUCCAUCCCUACUGAGAAACCCAGUUUCUCCAUCCCUACUGAGAAACCCAGUUUCUCCAUCCCUACUGAGAAACCCAGAUCCUCCAUCCCUAUUGAGAAACCUAGUUUGUCCAUCCCUACUGAGAAACCCAGAUCUCAUCCUGAACAACCUAGUUUCUCCAUCCCUACUGAGAAACCUACUUUCUCCAUCCCUACUGAGAAGUCUGGCUCUGCGCCUAAAAGAUCCAGUGCUUCUAUUGAUCCCAAAUCUUUCACUGUCCAAUUGAAAUCAGGUUUCCUGUUUUCAAAGAACCAGUCUAAGCCUGAGAAACCUGUUUAUUCACUUCCAUCAGAAAAAUACAUCCCCAGUGCUCCUAUGCAAUUAAAUUAUCCCCAUUUCUAUGAGAAGUAUGGCUCUAAACUGGAGAGACUCAAUGCUCCAAAUGAACACAGAUCUAAGCUAGAGACCACAAGUUUCCUUCUCCCAGUGAAAUCAAGUAUUCUCUUUUCAAUGAACCAUUCUAAGACCAAGAAACCUGGUUCCUCCCUCCCUACAGAAAAGCCCAGAUCCUAAUUCUGAACAACUUUUUCUCCAUCUCCACUGAAAAGUUUUACUCUAAACCUAAGAGAUCCAAUGCUUCUGUUGAUCACAGAUCUAAACUAAAGACCCAACGUUUCCCUCUCUCAGUGAAAUCAAGUAUUCUCUUUUCAGAGGACCGUUAUAAGACCAAGAAACCCAGUUACUCUGUCCCUACUGAGACACCCAGCUCUAAUCCUCAACCAAGUUUCUCCAUCCCUGCUGAGAAACCUGCGCCUCUGAGACCCUUUUAUUAAUUUCCAUCUGAAAAAUCCAGCUCUAAACUGCAGAAACCUAGUACUAAAAUGCAACAACCUUUUAAGCCUGAGACCCCAGUUCUCUUCUCUGUGAAGUCAUCAUUCUCUGAAAACCUAUGAAGCUAUGCUCUUUAGAAUCUAAUUCUUCCCUGCAAUCUUUCACAGGAGAUCACGCAAACAUUGAUUAUGGAAGAACAAGCCAUUCUUUGUUGGUAAUUAAAACUGCCUAUGUAUUUAGUGCUACAGUACAAAAUAAAGUCUUUUGCGUUGCGACUGAUCAUCUUCCAGUAUUAAAGCUAGUUAUUUCCUGGUGUUUUUGUGACUCGCUCCCCAUUAACAAACAAUACACAUGCCCAUUUGUGCACUGGUAGAUGUGUCAAGGCUUACCACAGUGCUUCCAGUAUUACAAAGAAACUAUUUAAUAUUACAAAUCAAUCAAGAACAUUCCUAAAUUGGGGAUUGUAAAGGGAUUAAAAACUGACAUCACUAUGAAAAACAUAAAUUGUCCACUUUAUCUAAUUAGCUUCUUUUUAUGACGAGCUUGUGAACUUCAGGUUACUUACCUAUAAAAUGCUUGUUUAGAGUAACAAACUAUAUGGCAAAUAUGUGGGCAAAAUGAAUUCUUCUUGACUUUAGUGCUUUUGUAAAAUUCAUGGAGUGAAGGUAUGAUGACCAGUAGAACAUGCCUUUAAUGUGUCUGACCCGAAUGAUGCUGGGCCACUACUGCAAAAACAUAAAGGUUUGUUUGAAAAUUAUUUUAGUUUAAAUAUGUGAUCUGCAUUUACCAAAAGCAAUGUAGGCUUAAGUACAACAUAAACCCAUUGACACCAAUGGAGUUAUGAUCAACUUGUGGUUACGAUGCUUUUAGGAAAUUGUUGUGUUUAGUUACCAUCUUGUGGUUGAAAAUUAUUGUCAUUGUACUAUGAUGUCAUCUGUCAUGACACGGUGUUGUGAAGAAAGCACAGGGAGAAUUAGUACAAACAGUCUUUUAAUAAAUCCACAUGGAAGAGUAGCACACACACACACACACACACAUAACAUCUCAGGGGGAUGAAGUAGGCCGGAUGAUUAGAUUAUUCUGGUCUUAAUUCAGGAGGGUGUUUUUGAGAAGCAAACACUGGGGGGUGCACUAGAAGCAUGGUCAAUGGAGGGCAUUUUCCAGGAGCAGGCACUGGGGGUGCUCUAAAAUCACAGUAACUAGAGGGUGCAGUGGAGGAGUAGGCACCGGAAGAUCUGGAACCUUACCUGGGCUAGACGUAAUGCAUUACUUUUUAAUUUACAAGAAAAUGUCUGAAUAACUUUUUAUGCUAGUUACUUUGCUUUCCUAUUUAUUAACUGAUGGGUUUCCUGUCCCUAUGUUGAGAGAAAUCAGAAGGUCAGAGGCUUUGUGUGAGAAUACAAUGUAGUUCUAAAUUUGAAUGUGCAUUAAUUCAUUAAAUACAAAUGUAACCGAUGCCAUUUUAUUUUCCAAUGUCUUUGCUGCUGACCUUUGAUGAUCCAGUUUAACCAUUCUAAUAACCAAAAAUAAACUAGAAACUAAAAUAGAUAAACUAAAACUUGUGCUCCUUUGUUUUUUACUGAAGAGUAUUAAACCUUCUUCUUCUGUAUUUUACUGUACAGACAUGAUUUUACUUUUUCUUCAGCCUGAGGUUUAUUCAUUACACUUUUUGGUGUAAAAGUCCUUUUACAUAUGCUAUAAAUCUAAAAUAUGAAUACAUAAAUAUAUAAAUAUAACAUCUUAUAUUAAAAACAAACAAUGAAGACCUGUUCAUAUUUAAAAAGUAACAUGAAAGUAACGCAAAAGUAAUGUAACAUAAAAAGUAACUAAGUAAAAUAAUUUGUUACUUUUUUAGUGAGUAACACAAUAUUAUAAUGCAUUAUUUGUAAAAGUAACUUUUCCCAACACUGCUCUGUAGAACCCAGUUCCUCCCUGACUGAGAAGUCAGGUGCUCUUCACUCUGAGAAAACCAAUUUUAAAGCUGAUAAGCCUAGUAUUCUUACAGAACUCAGUUCUGCCCCACCUAUCUGAGAAAACAAGUAUACUUCUACAUCCCAUGUUCUCUCUCCCCACAAAGUAACUGCGUUUCUGUAAGGAGAUGGCAAGUCAAGAUCAUCAAAUUAUUUUUUGCAACAUGGACUCAGAAAAUACUUAUUUUUUUAUAAAUAAUUUAAAUAUCUAAUUAUUUUCCCCCCAACACAUUCAGGGUAUUUACUUUUGUAUUUACCAUACAUGGUAUUUUACCUUUUUGUCUCAUGUUGUUUCCACCAGUACUGUGCAUACAUUUUUUCUUCACUAACCGAUGAAUAUCUAAAAUCAGGUGAAGUCAAGUUUUACUGUAAUUUCUGCUAUGUGUGGACGUAUACAGAUGUUGUGGGGCUGUCUUGGCUGACACGCCUCUGCAGUAUUGCAUGGACUGGCAGACCACGGUGGUGGUUCCUCUUUUUAUGAAGGGGGACUGGAGGGUGUACUAAAACUAUACAGUGAUCACACUCCUCAGCCUCCCUGGGAAAGUCUAUGCCAGGGUAAUGGAGAGGAGAAUUCAUCCGAUAGUCUAACCGCAGCUUCAGGAGGAACAACUUUCAUCCUGGUUGUGGAACACUGGACCAGCUCUAUACCCUUUUCAGGGUACUGGAGGGUUCCUGGGAGUUUGCAGUAAGCCAGACUUGUUCCUGGUGCAUGUUGGACAGGGCUGCCCUUUGUCACCGGUCCUGUUCACUGUUUUUAUGGACAGGAUUUCUAUCCAUAGCCAGGGGCCGCAGGGGGUCUGGUUUGGUGACCACAGGAUAUUGUCUCUGCUAUUUGUGGAUGAUAUUGUCCUGUUGGCUGCAUAAAGCCAGGACCUACAGCGUGCACUGGGGCGGUUUGCAUUCGAGUGUGAAGCGGCUAGGAUGAUGUUUCAGCACCUAUAAGUCUGAGGCCAUGGUUCUCAGUCAGACAAGGGUGGCUUGCUACCUUCAGGUUCACGGAGA